CGUCAUUUCAUGUACCGACGUCUUUGCUGCCACUUCACUUGUUUGACGCCAUAGGCCUAUAUUAAAACGACAUUGAUUUUGGACAUCUUUGCAAAACAGACAAUAUCGUCACGACACUAAACCAUCAUGGCACGUGUUGCUAUGAUAACACUUUUAGUCGUGAUUUGUACAAUAUUUGUUGAAGCCAGGUGGAAAAGAGGAACUGCAGAGAGUGAAUUUGCAAGAAUACAAAAUUCAGUUCCGUAUUACUGGGAGGUUAUAUGUGAUUAUCAAUAUAAUGGUGUAUGCCGUUAUAGGUAUAAGAACCACAAGACAGGACAGAGCCAAGAGACACAGCCACCACCGCCUGGGCCUGAGGAUCUAAACAUACCAGCACCAGUACCAAUAUCAACAAUAGACAGGGGAAGAUGCAAAGAAGGCUGGUAUAAUUGGUUUGGGGGAGGAGCCUGUUACUACAUUUCUGCCUUCAAUGAUACGAAAACCCACAGUGAGGCUACUGAAGCAUGUAAAAACUUAGGAGCAGAAUUGUUUUAUGCUACAACAAUGGGUAUGUGGGAACUUGGUGUAGCAGGAGAUUUCGCAAAACAAAGCAAGAUAAGGACUCAUUUUUUCUGGACAAGUGGACACAAGGUCAAUGGCAAAUGGUAUUGGGGUAAUAACCAUGGACCAGUUUUAAACAAGAUGCUGCAAUAUAGUAGUCAACCAGCAGGCACUCCUGAGCAAGGGGAUUGUUUAGCGAAAUAUUUAUAUCAAAAUAGUAUUUCUAUUGAAAAAAAUUGUAAUCUUAAAUACAACUAUGUCUGUAAGAUAAAAUUGCCAAGAAGGAAAGGUAAAUAUGGGUAAUACUAUACUCAUAAGACCGCAAAGCACAUAUCGGUAAUUCUUAAUAUUAGAAUACGCCAUGGGGUGAAAUAUUUUGCUAUUAAAAUGUGCCUAUGUGGUUAUUAUAUGCUAUUAGAAUAGAAUGUACUUUUUAA